AUGACCAUGUUGGAGUUUAUCACUCGAGGUUUCAAGGGAUCCGCUGUCAAGUACUCCCCUUUCUACGAAGAUCGAAUUUGUGUGGCUGCUUCCGCCAAUUAUGGUCUGGUGGGAAAUGGGAGACUUUACAGCUUGAUGUUGACGGCGCAAGGGAUCCAGGUACAGAAAACUUUCGAUACUCAAGAUUCUAUUUACGAUUUAUCAUGGUCCGAAUCAAACGAAAAUCAAGUCGCUGUUGCAUGUGGUGAUGGAAGUGUAAAGCUAUUCGAUACCGCACUCAAUGAACCAUUUCCAGUUGGAAACUUCCAUGAGCAUAGCCGUGAAGUCUUUGCUGUUCAUUGGAACUUGGUUUCAAAGGAUACAUUUGUUUCGAGUUCUUGGGAUGGUACAAUCAAAUUGUGGAAUCCGAAUCGCCAAAGCUCGUUGCUUACAUUGCCUACACACUCUUGCACAUACAGUACUGCUUUCUCUCCUCAUUCUCCUUCGGUCAUAUCAUCUGUCUCCUCAGAUUCGCACUUGAGAAUAUUUGAUCUUCGUACACCUGCCUCUGCAUCCAAUCAUUUAGUUUCACUCAUUCCAAUUCAUGGUCCUCCACCAACUACAGGAAGCCUAGGUGCAAUCGGAAGUAAUCGACAAAUAUUCCCUCCAUCGGAAGCUCUCACACAUGAUUGGAAUAAAUAUCGUGAUGGAGUUAUUGCAACUGCUGGUGUUGAUCAAAUGAUUCGAACUUUUGAUAUUCGUAAUCCAGGAGCUGGACCUAUCGCGAUUUUACAAGGACAUGAUUAUGCUGUUCGAAAACUAGUAUGGAGUCCUCAUCUUAGUGAUACACUUCUAAGCGCCAGUUAUGAUAUGUCUUGUCGUAUUUGGACAGACGGUACAUCAAAUGCUAGCAUGCCCCGCCAACUGGGUCGUAUGGAUGUUCAUACCGAAUUCGCGACUGGUGUUGAUUGGUGUCUUUUUGGUGAAGGUUGGUGUGCAAGUACUGCUUGGGAUGAACGACUUCUGGUCUGGGAUGUCCGUUCUGUAAUGGGUCCUUAG